UUGUUUAUUCUUGCUGGGUGCACACUCUUAUCUUCUCCCUCUGUAACCUCUCUCUUCUCCCUCUUUACUCCCCCAUCCCCUGUGUCCAGAGCUAGCCUGCCUCACUCUCUUCGUCUCCUCUGUCGUUGGCGUGAGGCCGAAGCAAGGCCCGCCGAAGUAGCAGGGGCACGAAGCGCGUCGCCAGCGGACUGGUUCUGCUCUGGUGGCACAGCGAGUCGUCCUUCGCCUCCUUGCGCGACACAUUUGAUUUCACUCUUAGGCGAAGCUUCGACUGUGACCACUCUCAGGUCUUCGCCAUGGAAAAGGCCUGCACAAACCUCACCGAUGUCGUGCGCUCGGUGCGGCUGCUCAAGAUUAAGGGCUAUAGCUUGACAAGGGACAUCAGCAGCGACCAUUGCUUUAAAUCCAGAUGGAAUGUCGAUGGGUACGAGUGGGAAAUCCGUAUAUAUCCAAGGUCCCGGGAGUCCAAUCAUGUCAACGGAAGAUGCGUGGCUCUGCAUCUUAUCUUCCUCAGUGAAGCCCGCAUGGGGGCUGUGAGAACGACUCUGCGCUGCUGCUUGGUAGAUCCGAGAGGAAUAUUUAAACCAUCUAGAGAAGAUCGUCGGUCUCUAACAUUCAGGAAGCCCCAGGACACCUCGUACACGGUGAUUCUGAUGGAAAAAGAUGAGUUUGAAGCAUCGGGUUAUGUCAAGGAUGAUUCUUUUACCGUGCAAUGCACCCUUGACGUUCUCAAGGAACUACCAGAUGCAACAGCCCCACUUAAAGAACUGCAUCUGCCAUCAUGUAACCUGCACCUGCAAUUUGCUCAACUCCUUCAGAGCGAGACCGGAGCGGACGUCACAUUUCUCGUGUCCGGCGAAUCCUUCGCUGCGCACAAGCUCAUCCUCGCUGCAAGGUCCCCUGUCUUCAUGGCCGAGUUCUUUGGAAACAUGAAGGAGAAGUGCUCGCAGAGUGUGGAGAUCGAGGACAUGGAGGCUGACGUGUUCAAGGCCCUUCUUAAGUUCAUCUACACCGACACUGUGCCGGAAUUCAGACAUCAGGCGGAGGUGGAUGCGGAGGCCGUCUACACUGACUCUGUUCCAGAGUUCGAACAACAGGAGGAGGUGGAUGCGGAGGCGGCGACGGUGAUGGCUCAGCAUCUGCUUGCUGCUGCUGACAGGUAUGGACUGGACAGGCUCAAGCUCAUCUGCGCCCGCGAGCUCUCUGGUGGCAUCAACAUCGACACGGCAGCGACAGCUUUGGCUUUAGCCGAGCAGCACAACUGCCCGGAGCUAAAGGCGACGUGUGCUGAUUUCAUUAUCAGAACCUCUGCCACUCUUGAUGCCGUGUUGGCGACGGAGGGGUUUAAGCACCUCGAGGAAAGCUGCCCACUGGUGGUGAUUGACCUUCUCAAGUCCGCGCGAGGAAGAAAAACUUGAAGCAUAUCUUGGAGUCGUGGGGCCAAGAUUUGAUAGUCCAUGGUAUUGUAUCUGUUUGAAGUCUAGUAUACUGCCAUAUGCCGUCUUUCAAUAAAAUUUAAAACCUUCCUAUGUACGUCUGUAUAUGCUCUGGGCAUCUAUUUGCUUACAUUUCCACUUCCUUUGAUGUAAUUUGUGCUAUUAUUGUGAUUGUGAUUGUGAUGAGCUGAA